AUGUCCUGUCUCUUAUACACAUCUUUUACUGACUGCAGUCAAAUUCCAAAGGGACUGCCGCGAUCAAAAUCUGGCAUUUAUGCCUUGACUACCGGAAAGGAAACGUUUCUUGCGAUGUGCGAAAUAGAUGAUAACGAGGGUUGGACCGUUUUGCAGAGACGACAAAAUAGCACCUUUAAUUUUAACAGAACAUGGGCUGAAUACCAACGCGGAUUUGGUCAUUUACGAGGAGACUUCUGGAUGGGGCUCGACUUUAUACACAAGCUCACUUUCGGUGAAGACUUCCAUCUCCGCAUAAAUGUCGAGACAAAAACGGGAGAUGUUUUCUCAUCCACUUAUGCUUCAUUUCGCAUUCUGCAAGAGAGUAGAAAUUAUAUUUUGAAAGUUGGAGGGAUCAUAAAUGACGAUGGUGGUCCAGUAAUCUCUAAUGCAAUCCGUGCAAAAUUCUCAACCUACGACAUGAACAAUAGUUUCAAUAGAAACAACUGCGCUUUAGAAUAUGGCGGCGGGUGGUGGUUUACAACAUGUGGGUAUUCAUGCUUUAUAAACGGUUUAUAUACUUCAAGUUUCAAGUGUAAUAUUAAUGAAGGAAUGCAUCAGUUGAGUAGCUCAGUAAUGAUGAUAAAGCGUGUUUAAAAGUCAUUUCCGCUAUUUGUAAAAACUUUGUCAACAUAUAUAUACUGUAUGUCUAAAUAGUCUAAUACCACCAAAUGUAUAAAGAAUGGUCGACAGACACAAUACCCUAUAACCAGACGAAGUUUCGUAUGCACUUUGAGGUCCAGAAAAUAUGACCUCAGAAAUUGGUGCAGAGUGGUCAGACAAUCAUUUUUUUAGACUAACACCAACACACAUUUUUAAAAUCUGGCGAAAGGUCAAAAUGUCAGGGCCAAACGUCAGUGGUGUCACGGAGUUUGUUCGACAAAUUUGAGGCGAAGACUUUUGUUCAAAAAACCUCUCCCUUGGGGUGGGGGUGUCUGUGGCAUCCCCCGAUUUUUUCAUGAGAAUGCAUAUUUCUGCCGUCCACGAUCGAACAUAUCCCACUGACAUGAGCCGCGCGCUUGGCAGCUGGAAAUGUGUUCUUGAUGAUAUUGAUGCAGCUAGUUUGAUCGAAAAACUAGUAAGGCAAACAAUAAGCCUAUAUUUUUUGCUGACAAUUAUCAGAUUUAUCAUCUAAUGAAUACAUGAGAUACCAUAACAAAAUUAAUGUAAAAUUAUAUAAUAAUGUUGUAGGCCUAAUUAUGAAAGAGACAUCAGAAAAAAAAAAUUAAUAUCUAAACAUUUUAAGCUGAAGCCGAGCUCUUUGGUAAAGAUUCAUGAUGUCAUUUUUUUUAAACUACAAUAUCUGGGCUCCUCGUACCCGGGGGCCCUGGCGCUCCGCACCCCGUCAGCGCCCGAGCGUGAAACCACUGCCAAACGUCAAACUCUUGUAUCUCCUCAGCCCCUGGAAGUAGAGAUUUAAUUUUGGUACUAUCCUUUUUUAAAGUUCAUUUUUCUAUUUGCUCUAAUCAUGCUCUGAUUGAACAUUUUGUCAACAAAUGACCGGAAAUGCCGAUGUUGGCAAUAGGGUUCUUUUAUUAUAUAUUGGUAAACAUUGCUUGCAGUGAGUUGAUUUUUGUGUCAAAUUGCUCAAAAUAUAUACCUAUUAUUUAAACUUAAAUUAGUUUAGAUAAAAAAUAAUCGGAAAUGUCCAUAUUGACCUUU